AUAAAAAUGUUAACGCAUAUAGCAAUUUGUAAGAAUAUUCUUCUAUGCUGUCCAAUUUAUAAGAGAAGAGAAUAAACGAUCAAACACGUUUCGUUUAUUUAUGCUUUAGAGGAUUGUUUAUUCCGGCAGAUACAUUCGUGUUAUUUGCUCAUCUCUUUGCAGUAGCUUAAAUGAAUUUUAUCUCGUUAAGGCAACGUUUGAAGUUGUUUCAAGUAUUCUGAGCCAUGGAUUUGGAUAUGAAUGUACAGGUAGAAGCUUCUAUAGUGGAGCGUUUACAAAAGCUCAGACAGUGGCAGUUGGAACAACAGGAGAAGCUUAUGAAACAGCAGCAGAUACAACGGGAAAUUUUGAGUCACGAGCAGGACCUCGUUUAUAAAGCUCUCAGUUUGUCGGUACACGAUAUUAGCAAUAUUGUUGAAAAUACAGAAAAUAUACCUGUUAUCCACUGGACAGAUGCAAAGGAAAUGAUGCCGGAAGCUUUAACAUUCGAAAAAGGUACAAAAACUUUGGACAGUACUGACAGGAUGACUGAGGAAGAAAUAUCAGUAAAUGACAGCGAUGCAGUGUGCAAAACUUAUGAAGAAGAAAUUGAAGAGUCGAUUCACGUUGCUGCCGCCGCUGACAAAAGCGGAAAUUCCAUGAAAAAUUAUUGCUCCAGUGUAUUGUCGCAGAAGGAAGAACUGAGUGAUGAUUUAUUGAUAGAAGGAGUAAAACCGCUAUCGCGGGACGAUAAAACGUCCAACGAACGUGUCUCGUUUGACGAUAUCCCUCUUCCCUCACCUAGGAAAGAUUUCAAAACGUUAUUGGAAGAGAAACUGAAAAGAGAACCAGUGAUACAAAAAAACGCUCGUGCCGAUACAAAAACGCAGACGAAGAGACCAUUUCUGAAAAAAGGCAAAGGAUUGUCAAGAUUUAAAAUCUCCACAAAUUCACGUCUUCCGGCGACAACGACGAAGAAAUGUACUUUAUCCUCUGAUGCACAACGUACUGAUAAAUCUGGCAAAAGUAAGAAAUCUGCGCAGAAAGACUCGUCUUCGAGUAGUGUUCCCACUGCGAGCAAAACGCGACAAUUGAACUUGAAAACUGUUCCAUUACCGAGGAGCAAGACUGCUGUUAAAUCCGGGCCUGUUGCACCCGCUGAACGGAAGGCGUGCAGUACUGCUUCCAAUCAACCAGAGCAUCUACCGGAAAUGAACGUGUCGGACCUAGACUCGAAGGCAGAGAGGGAACUGGAGGAGAUGAGGAUAUUCGAGCUGUUGGAGGAGAAGGCGGAGAACUCCAGCUUCUGUUCCACGUCCAGCACGGUGCUCGCGUUUUUGCAACAAUCCACGCCGUUCAAAGUGAAGAAGAAGGAGCUGAAUCGUGCCGCGUUUGAGGGUAACAUCGUGGCGAGCGUGAAACAGCAAAGUGACAAACGAGGUGCGGGCGACACGAUCGAGCGGCAGCCGAUCUCAACUCAACGACCUGCUCACGUGGAGAACGCGAGACCGAGCGCGCGAUUCGAACAAUCUGGCGCCCACAAACGUUCUCGCACCAGCGUUGCUACCAGCGUCGAGUCCUACUGGGAUACUGUAGUGGAUGACACGCGGGGAGAAGCGCAGAGGCGGCCGGUGAUGGUAGAUCAAGCAUCGCAGAGCAAGCAGACGCACGGAAACUAUUUAGAGGAUCGUGGCACUUCGCGCGACGCAGACACCGUAGCGUUAUCGAGCAGCGACGAGGAGAAUGACGUUCCCAUGGAGAAUAAUCGCAACUUGGCGCGCGAUGGCGAGUCGGAAAUGAGCCAUCGCGUUAGAUUCGCCGAGUACAACGAGUACAGAACUAUAGAUUUAACUGAUACAUCUGACACGCUGAGUAAAUCACCGUUGAGGGACUGUCUCGAGGAGGACUGGCACGAUCGUUCCGGCAAUACGUCGGACUCGUCGGACGUAGAGGAGAGACAGGAGAAUUACGAAGGGCGAGCGUCACCUUUAAGAAUGAUCGGUGAUGAUGAGAGGAUCGUCUCGUCGUCGGGACGAUUAUUUUCGCAAGAAAAUGCAGUAAAGGAUUCAUAUUACCGUGUGAUGAAAGCCUCGAGUAUUCCUGAGGAAGAUAACGACCUAAAUUACAAGGACGAAUCGGCAUGCGAGAACAACGAAGAAGACACUGAUCAGAUGUCCGACGAGGAGAUGCAGAAGAAGAAGGAGGAGACAGAAGAGGAAGAGGAGGAGCGACAGUCGGUUUUAUCAUCACUGUCGUCUUCGUCGCUGUCGGACGUGCAGAGUAGAAAAUACAUGCUGAGAAAUCAACCAUAUGAAUUGACGAAGAAGGUAGCGAAAGUGUCUCUGAACGCGAGAGACGCCGAAUGUUGUCCAUCCGAAGAUCGCACGAGUCAGACAAGUACGUUCGAGCCGGAACUCCUGAAGAGCCGUUUGCUGGAGCUCGAGCAGGAAAUCGACAUAUUCCGAAAGGAGAGUUCGGCGUUGUUGUUUCAGCGUCGAAAACUGCAGGAGGAGCAGGCGACGCUGCGCAAGGAAUACGCGGAGAAGGAAAGGACCUUCGAAGAGAACAAGAAGAGAGUGCAGAAUCAGCUGGAAGAAGAGAAGAAGAGGCUGACGCGUGAGAAGGCGGCGAUGGAGAACAGGAUCCGCGAUGCUCAGGAGAAAGCGAGGCAGAACAAGAUGGAAAGGCAAAAGGCGCAGAACCUGCAGGAGGAACUCGAGCAACUGAGGGACGAGCUGAGCACCAAAGAGAGCAGGUGGAACGCUGCUGAGUCGAGGUACAAGAGCGAGCUUCGCGCACUGCGAGUUGGAAAUUCAAAGUUGAAACAAGAAAUCGCGAACUUACAGAACGUUAGGAAAACGAACAUGAAGAACAUCAGGAGGAGGAGCACGGUACACGGGCAAGUAAUCACGAGAGGUAUCAGUCAAAUUAACAAACGUCUUACCGCAAUUUCAGCCAAAGAGACCGCGGUGAAAACGUCUCGAGACUCGCCGGACGUUUGCGCCCGUGACGACGUCCGCAGAGAUGAAGACGAAGAGGAAGAUGAAAAUGAAAAUGAAAGUGAAAGUGAAAAUGAAAAUGAAAAUGAAAAUAAAGAUAAAGAUGAAGAUGAAACGAGAUCGGCAGAACCGAUCACGCAGGCAAUCGAUGUAAAUAGCGACUUCGAACAAGUAGUGCAUAAGAUAUCAGCAAAUAAAAUGGAAUCUAGACAAGCUGGAAGUGGAUCCCAAGCGAACGGCAACGAAAAAUCCGCGAGGAAAGAUAUCGCAAGGAAGAAACGGCAUUUGUACGAGAUCUUGUUGAAGGAUGCUACGUCGGACUUCGCGGAAAGCCAAGGCGGACCCUACGUUACGCAGGACGCAAGCGAUUUGCGCCAACCGUUGGCUACGCAAGCGGAGAACUCGAGUCCGAGGAGCAAUCGAGCAUCCGAGAAGAUCAGCGAUAGGUCCAGUGUCACGAACAAUGAUCUCUGCGUCGGCAAGAAUACAGAGCAUUGUGCGGACAGAUCGCGCGAAGUGAACCGGAAUCCGGACGAGGACGGCACAAGGCCGCAGGGUCAGGAAUCGUCCGAGGAGAAGAGGCAUUCGAGCUCGGCGUCGUAUCUCUCGUCGCAUCGUCUUCAGGCUGCAGGGAUCAACACGAAAGAGACGGUGCAGCAAAUCCAGUUCGCCGACGGGCGCAUCGAGUACUGGUACCCGAAUGGCAACGUGAAGAAGAUCUUUCCCGAGCAGGGCAUCACGAAGAUGAUCUACUACAAUGGGGACGUUCGCGAGACGGACAAGGCCGGCAGAGUGAAAUAUUUUUACGCCACGACUCGCACAUGGCAUAUAACGACUCCCGACGGCGUGGAGAUCCUAGAGUUCUCAAAUGGUCAGGUGGAGAAGCGUACAUCCGAUGGUACUGUCGAAGUAACGUUUCCGGACGGUUCAGUUCAAGUGGUGCAAGCGGAUGGCACGGAUAAAGUGUCGUUGCCAGAUGGAACAGUGGUGCAGACCUUUGCUAACGGUGACAAGAUUCUCACGUUGCCAAAUGGCCAAAGAGAGGUCCAUACAAAGGAUCAUAAGAGACGGGAGUACCCUGAUGGCACUAUGAAGACAAUAUAUGUUGAUGGUACCCAAGAAACACGUUAUUCUAAUGGAAGAAGACGAUUAAAAGACAAAGAUGGUAAUCUUCUGAUGGAUACGUACGAGGAUGGAUUUCUUUUUCAUUAAGUAUUAAUUUCAAUGCAAUUUAGCUAAGGCAUAGAAAGUAUGGACCAUUAAUUAUGUAAUAAUUAAUAAUGAUUACAAUUAUAUAACUAUAAGCAAUUUUAUAUAAGCAAUUCUACAGUAACAUAUGAGCAACUGGUAUUAUAUAUAUAUAUAAGUAUUUUUAUAAGAAUUUAAUAGAUUAAUUUAUCAACUUUUCUCAUAAGCGAUGUAAUAAAGACCAAGUUUAUAUUUUUCUAA